AAGAGAACCUGAAGAAGAUAUUUCGAGAAGUUCAGAUCAUGAAGAUGCUUUGCCACCCACACAUCAUCAGGCUAUACCAGGCUUUUUCUCCAGCUCAUUUGGCACUUUCAGUCUGCAAAGAAAACCAGCAGAGAGAGAAUCCAUGUGUGUUGCCUUUUACUCCUGUAUUUGGUGGUGUCCUUCCGACUGCACGAUCAGAUAGAACAGCAAGGAAGCUGCAACAGGCUGGAGGCAAGCAGAGUGAUGGGAGCAGAGGAAUAACGGAGGCCACCACCUUGGUGAAAUGUUAAAUGCUGUCUCGGAAGCUGUUGGACAGAUGAGAGACUCCCUCCCCGGGCCUUUCUGACGCAAGGGCUGGCAGCAGCGACUUACAGCCAAGGAGCGCUAAAAAGCUCUGCACAAACUCUCCUCUGUUGCUUGCAGUCCCAGUUCUGGGAAGCUGUGGGACAGAGGCUCCUUCCCAGGAUCCUGCCAGAGCUGCCCACCGGCUGCCAGGUUCACGCAGAGCUACCUGCCCCUUUGCUGCGGCAGGAUGCUUGCCAGAGGGCUCACGGUCACAGGCUGCUUUGGGAACAGAGGGGACUUCCAUCCAAGCUGUGGAUGGAAAGUUAGCGCUGCCUCGGGCUGGCAUGCAAAGCAGAGGAAGGGCUGUCCAGGGCCCUUCAUCCCGGGAAAGUGUUUGGGUGUAAGGUGGUUGAUCUCCUGUUUGUGGCUGCUUGGCUUGGAUGGCAGGCAUCGGAAUGUUAAAAAGCUGAAAUCCUGGGGGAAACGUGCUGGGGUUAUUUCCUUCUGUGAUGUAAUGUUUGUGUGAGCAUUUUAAGGGAGAAGUCGUGGUAACCCUCAACAGAAGUUGCCCUUCCCUAGAACCAGCUCUUGGCUGUUCAAGCCCAGUCUGCCUCUCAUCUGUGCCUGAUAGAUGGGAGAAUUUAUUUGGACUUCAAAGAGUUAAGGCUGGGUAGAAGUGACAGAGGUUAAUGUUUAGCUAUUUUGGCCAAGCUGCCAAGGGUGAGAUGCUUACAGCAGAACUGCAGCAUUUUUAAGGUACUUAGGGAAUGCUGCUUUGCAAACUGACUCCUUAAAGGUGUUUGGUUUUCUUUUUUUGAGCUCCCAACCCCCUUUUUCAACCUGUUUUAUUCCAUGCAAAGUUUUUGAUGUGGUACUGAACAGGUGACACCCGUGGCUCAGCUUUGCUAAGGUGAGCAAAGCGUGCCCACUGUGGAGCAUGUUUCAGCUGGCCGCUCUCGCUGGGGGCUCUUAGUGGCAUUUUUUGUUAGAUAAAAACUACUAAAACCUGGAGUUGGGAAUUCGGAGCCUUUCACCCCUUUCCAUUGGGAAUCUGAGCUUAAAAAUCACAUUUCCUUCAGCUUAUAAAACUUAAAAGGUGUAGGUGAGAAAGGAGAAAUGGUCUGUAAUGGUAGUCAUCUAUAACAGAAGAGAUUCCAUCUGGAAACAGAAAUGUGCUUAAAAAUGUCUACCUAAGGCUUUUCUGGACGUGUAGUGUCACCGCGAAGUGGGAGCUGCCUGUUGUGCCCCGUGACACUUACGCGGAGCUGGGGUUCGUCUUUGCUACGCUCCCGGUUUACCGCUCAGAAGAACAGCAAUCCAGCUGUGGAAGCGGCUGCCGUUGCCUGGAUCAGGCGUGUGUUUUUUAAAAUACAAAGUCCGUGUGUUCGAGUCCUAAUUCUUGGUAAGACCAAGCGGUCCUGGGCUCCAAGUACCCAGCUUCUCUGUUGGGAUACCAGUCUGCUUCCUGCCAAAAGGUUAUGGAGACGGAGCGGAUGAUUUAUCUAGUGACAGAGUACGCUAGCGGAGGGGAAAUAUUUGAUCACUUGGUGGCCCACGGACGUAUGGCCGAGAAGGAAGCCCGGAGAAAGUUCAAGCAAAUAGUGGCUGCUGUCAACUUUUGUCACUGUCGUAAUAUAGUCCACAGAGAUCUGAAGGCAGAAAAUCUACUCCUGGAUGCUAACCUCAACAUCAAAAUAGCAGAUUUUGGGUUCAGUAACAUCUUCACACCUGGUCAACUGCUUAAAACCUGGUGUGGGAGUCCUCCCUACGCUGCUCCAGAGCUCUUCGAAGGAAAGGAAUACGAUGGCCCAAAGGUCGACAUUUGGAGUCUCGGCGUGGUGCUGUACGUGCUGGUCUGCGGCGCUCUGCCCUUCGACGGGAGCACGCUGCAGAACCUGCGGGCGAGGGUGCUCAGUGGGAAAUUCCGCAUUCCAUUUUUCAUGUCCACAGAAUGUGAGCAUCUGAUCCGCCACAUGCUGGUCUUGGACCCGAGCAAGCGCCUCUCCAUGGAGCAGAUCUGCAAACACAAGUGGAUGAAGCUUGGGGAGGCCGACGCGGAGUUUGACAGGCUGAUAGCGGAGUGUCAGCACCUGAAGACUGAGAGGCAGAUGGAGCCGCUGAAUGAGGACGUGUUGCUGGCGAUGGCGGACAUGGGGCUGGACAAGGAGCGCACCAUCCAGUCCUUAAGAGCCGAUGCUUAUGAUCACUACAGUGCAAUCUACAGCCUGCUCUGCGACCGUCUGAAGAGACACAAGAAUCUGCGCAUUGCAGCGUCUCCAAGUAUACCACGGACCAUGACCUUCCCCACCUCUGCUAACAUCCAGCAGACAGAACAGGCGAGCAAUACCAUGAGCAUCAACGUGCCGCAAGUCCAGCUCAUCAACCCUGAAAACCAAAUUGUAGAGACUGACGGAACAAUGAACUUGGACAGUGAUGAAGGGGAAGAGCCAUCACCUGAAGCUCUGGUCCGUUACCUUUCGAUGAGAAGGCACACGGUUGGAGUAGCAGACCCACGGACGGAGGUCAUGGAAGAUCUGCAGAAGCUCCUGCCUGGCUUCCCCCGUGUCACUCCUCAGGCUCCGUUCCUGCAGGUGACCCCGAAUGUGAACUUCAUGCACAACGUGCUGCCUAGGCAGAACCUGCAGCCCACGGGUCAGCUGGAAUACAAGGAGCAGUCCCUGCUGCAGCCCCCCACCCUGCAGCUGCUGAACGGCAUGGGCCCUCUGGGGCGGCGGGCGUCAGAUGGCGGAGCCAACAUCCAGUUACACGCACAGCAACUGCUGAAGCGUCCUCGAGGUCCGUCUCCGCUCGUCACUAUGACACCAGCUGUCCCAGCGGUCACCCCUGUGGAUGAGGAGAGCUCCGACGGGGAGCCAGAUCAGGAAGCUGUGCAGAGAUACUUGGCAAAUAGGUCAAAAAGGCACACUCUGGCAAUGACCAACCCUACAGCUGAAAUCCCUCCAGACUUGCAGAGGCAGCUAGGACAGCAGUCCUUCCGACCCCGGGCUUGGGCUCCACACCUGGUACCCGAUCAGCACCGUUCUAUUUACAAGGACUCAAAUACUCUGCACCUCCCCACCGAACGCUUCUCCCCGGUUCGGCGCUUCUCUGACGGUGCUGCCAGCAUCCAGGCUUUCAAAGCCCACCUGGAGAAGAUGGGCAAUAACAGUAGCAUCAAACAGCUUCAGCAGGAGUGCGAGCAGCUUCAGAAGAUGUAUGGUGGGCACAUGGACGAGAGGACACUGGAGAAGACACAGCAGCAGCACAUGUUGUACCAGCAGGAGCAGCACCAUCAGAUCCUUCAUCAGCAGAUUCAGGACUGUAUCCGGCCACCCCAGCCAUCUCCACCCUUGCAAGCUCCAUGUGAAAACCAGCCAGCUCUGCUCACCCACCAGCUUCAGAGGUUACGGAUUCAGCCAUCCAGCCCGCCCCCGAACCACCCUAAUAACCAUCUCUUCAGGCAACCGAACAGCAGCCCACCUCCUGUGAGCAGCAGCGUGCUCCAGCCCCACGGUAAGCGCUGACAGCGUACUGAGCCAUCUGCGCU